UACACGCCUCCCCCACGCUAUUCAUGGCGGCACGGCCCCUCCGACACCGCUACGACGCGAUUCCGGCGCGUAGCGAUGACGCCACAAACCGCUUCCGGCGGCGCGAGAUGUGGGUGCCGGGGUUAUGGCGGGGACUGCGGGGCGGGACGGUGAGAGCACUCAGGAUCAGCGUGUGCACAGCCAGCGCCGCGCCGACACCGCAGGACGGCGUCACGAUGGAGGUUCUCGACCACCUGGAGCGCCUGGCCCUGGUGGAUUUCCGCGAUGCCGACGGCGUGGAGCGGCUGCGGGACGCGGUGCGAUUCGCGGAGCGGCUGCGGGAGGUGGAUACGGAGGGUGUCCAGCCCAUGGACUCGGUGCUGGAGGACAGGUGUCUUUAUCUGCGGGAAGAUGACGUUACCGAGGGGAACUGCACGGCACAGCUGCUGAAAAACGCCACGGAGAAAGUCGAGGAAUACUUCGUAGCCCCACCAGGUAACAUCCCUUUACCAGAGAUGGAAGAACGAGAUACUUUCCUGAAGGGCUCAUAGAGACAGAACCCAAACGCUGUUUCUAUAUUUCAUUUGGGAUUACUGCGCUUUGUGUGGGGACAGCUGAAAUACCCCAGGAGGGCAGAAACUCCUCCUUAGAUCAGAACUGAGUGUCACCUACUUUACACAGUGCGUGUUCUGUAUCUGUUUGUAGGGAAAAAAAGUCACUCCCACUUUGCUUCUCUGUGUUUCUGUGUAAUGAACAACACCAGCUUUGUGUAAGCGUUCCUUGGCAGAGAUGCUAAACAGCCAUAAUUGUAAUUAUUUUUCCUAUGGAGUCUAUAUUCUGCAUCCCUACAAACAAGACGUGAUUAAUAAACCAAAUCUCUAUGCCAAUAUCAAAUUCA